AUGCCGUCUUUGCAGGCAAAAAGAAAUCCCUUAGGUUCCGAUCUCAAUCCGGCAGACUUGAGAAACGUGUUGGACAACGUUGGAGGUGCUCAAACACCCGGACCUGCAGAUCCUUCAGCUGGAGGUGCUGCCGCACCUUCUGGAGCAGGCGCUCUCGGAGGAGGUGCUCCAGCAGGAGGAGCUCCAGGAGGAGGUGCCUUAGGAGGAGGUGCUGCAGGGCCCACUGAUCCUUCAUUGGGAGGAGGAGGUGCUGGGGCAGGCGGGCUUGCAGGGGGUGCUGGAGCAGGCGGACUUGGUGGGGGUGCUGGAGCAGGUGGGCUUGGAGGUGGUACAGGAUCAGGCGGUGUUGGAGGAGCUGCUGGAACAAGUAGUGUUGGAGGAAGUACUGCUGCAGGAGGUACUGCAGAUCCCUCUGGUGCAGGGGCUUUAGGAGGAGGUGCGGCAGGAGGUGCUGCAGGAGGUGCAGCAGGCGGUGCAGCAGGAGGUGCAGCAGGAGUAGGUGGUACAGCUGGUGGUGCUACAGGAGGACCAACAGACCCUUCUUUAGCUGGAGGUGCUGGAGCAGGAGGAUCUACUGCAUCAUCACCUGCAGCACCUUCUGCGACACCUCCUCCAGAUCCUUCAGGAGGAGGAGCUGCUUCACCAGCACCCACUGCAGCACCUCCUUCAGAUACUUCAGGAGGAGCAGCUGCUCCUGCACCUCCUCCUGCAGCACCUCCUGCAGCACCUGCUCCAGCACCUGCUCCAGCACCUGCUCCAGCGCCAGCGCCAGCUGCAGCACCUGCUCCAGCACCAGCUCCAGGAGAAACGGGAGCUGCAUCGAAAGAUGAAGGGUCAAACAGCGGUACAUUAAUAGCAGGAGGACUAGGGGCAAUAGGUGGAGGAGUCCUUGCAGGAGGAUUACUGCGUCAUAGUUAUAAGAAAAGAAAAAAGGAAAUGCUACUUGGUCAGGGAGCAUAUGGACAAGGUGGAUAUUCUGCAUUGGAACGUUCGGAACGUGAAGGAUAUGGACCUGAUGGGCGUUCCAGCUAUGGACGACCCGGGUCUUCCGGAUCUGGGGCAAAUUCUGACCCUGAUGAAUAUGGUGAAGGUUCUGGAUCUGGUGAAUAUGAUGCAAACUCUAAACGUACAAAAUAUAAUGAAAAUUCUAGAAGUUCUGGAGGUACAUCUUCUGGAACUAAUGAAAGUAGUUCAAGUCCUGAACGUGGGGUGCCUCCUAAACAAACUGAAUAUGGUUCAAAUUCUAAGCGUGAUGAACAUGGUGCACCUCUUCGACAAGGUGGAAAUACUAAGAAAGAUGAAGAUGGCAAAAAGGAAACAAAUGAUACACGUGGUACACGUUCAAAAAAUAUAGUGGUAGUGACUAGUGAACAUCAUAUAUAUAAUUAUCCACCUGGCCAUAAGGAAAAUGAUUAUUUCAAAUCAUCACAUACAGUUAAUCAUCCGAAUGAUCAUGAUGCAGCCCAUAAACAUGAAACUGAUCAUCAUGAAUCUGAUAAACAUAAAAAUAAUAAAAAACAUAAGCAUGAUAAAGAUAAACCUCAUGGACAUAAAGAUCAUAAUCAUGAUGAUCAUCAUGAACCUCAUUAUGAAUCACCUUCACACCAUCCAGCUCAUGCAUCAAAAUAA